UUAGUCGUUAGUCUAUUUUCACGCUUUACGCAAAGGGCGACUUCAUGCAUGGGUUGAUGUUUAAUCGCUGACUGUGGUGCGUAAAAGGCGCGUCCUCGUCCUUGCGGGCUAUCACGUUAUCGCUAUAUCCUUAGGGGAGGUAAAUAAAAGGUUUUGCCAAAGCACAGCGGUGAUGCAAAGCCUGGUAGGUGACUGCUCUCACCAGCAGCACAGAGCUUUUUUGACACGGACCUACACGCUGGUCGGACUAGCGCUGAGUCCCGCGCUCUUGGCUGUAUGUUGGACUUAUUGGAUUUGACUGGUGCCUUUAACUUGAGCCGCGAAGCUUGUGCAAAUCUUUAAUUCUUUCACAAUGUUUUUAAAAGAUGCGGCACCUGUUUGCGAAUGUUGCAGAAAACGGGUAGAGGACUGCUUGCCUUGCUGUUGAUAGUGUUGGAGUGGACCCGGCCAGGCCUACCGUCCCCACUGAGGCCAAUCUGUGACCUGAGGGUCCUGAACCAUUUCAUUAAAGAAGCACGAGACGCAGAAGUCGCUAUGAAGUCAUGUAGAGAUGGAUGCAGCCUGUCAGAUUCUGUCACUGUUCCUCAAACCAGAGUCGACUUUGAUGUCUGGGAGAAGAAAAAUGCACUGGAGCAAGCCCAGGAGGUGCAGGCUGGCUUAUGGCUUUUACAACAGGCCCUCAGCUUGCUACGGUCCUCGGCCACCAACACAGCACUGCACAGUCACAUAGAUAACUCCAUUAGAAACCUGCACAGCAUCAAUGCAGUGCUGCGUAGUCUCAACAUCCAGGAAUAUACCCCACCAGGAAGUGCAGCUGGCCUUGAGGGAACAUGGACGGUGUCCUCAGCAGCAGAUUUGCUUCAAGUCUAUGUCAAUUUCUUGCGAGGCAAAGUGCGCCUCCUCCUUUCGGAUGCACAGGCUUGUCAGCAAGAUGUCAGCUGAUCGGCUGAUCUCCCUACUCCAGGCAAAGCUAAUUUGUGUUUCCAAAGGCAAGAAGAGGGACUUGACACUGUUGACCUGCACCCUGACUGGUGGAAGCGGUGUGGAAAGAAAGAUACAGCCAUCCUCACAUACGCGGAGGAAGCUGAAAGGAAAGGACAGUCCGAGCUUGGCUGUGAAUGGACAGGAGAUGAUUGCACCUUGGAGUGUAGAUGUGACACUUGGACAUGGUGAAGCACACACUGACCAAAAUGAGGCCCUUGGGAAGCACUGCUCCAAAAGCUGUUCUACUGGCACUCUCUUGCACUUUGUGUGUGGAUGUACUUUUGUUUGUGUGAGUUUGUGUGACUGCAAGUUUAAAUCUGCAUGUAGUGUGCAUGUGUUUGUUUCCAGUGAGUUUGACCCCUAAACUCAUCUCUUUAGAGUGAAACACCCAGAAAAUAUUGAUUUCAUCUGGAAAUUGGAGGAAUGUGAGGUUGCAACAGGGUAUUCAUUUCAAAUACCACUGCGACAAGUCAAAAAUGAAAGAGGCCUCAAGCCUUUAACAUUUUCCAACUAUGCCUCACAGAAACAUUAGUCUCAUUGGUUUUUUUAUUCUAAUAUAUUUUUAAAAGUUAUGUAAUUGCUAUUUAUACAGAUUUUCUACUUUAAAGCUCAAGUAUUUGUUUUUUUUAGCGUUGGAUCUUUAAGAUUUUAGUUGGGCUUUUCUUGCCAUGUUCUCAUUGAAUACAUUUGCAAAGGUGUUUGUUAACAUCAUUUGCAAUGGCACGCUGCUGACUUCCUUUUUUUUUUUUUUUUUUUUUUUUUUUUUUUUUUAAAGACUGUAUGUACCUGAUUAGCUGUUACAGUGUCACACUGCUCCAUGUCCCAUCCAUAUAACAGAACAAAUGACUAAAAGGUUGAUGCAGAGGUUCAGUUACAGUGAACGAGGGAGCAAGAGGUCAGUGAGGAGGAGGGUUACAUGAGAACUGUGAAGCUGUUUUGUCAUUAUCUGUGUUUUUGUUGCUGCCUAACCGACACUCAACCAGUCUCUACACACUGAUAGCUAGACUGUCCGGAAAAAUUAUGUUUGGCUUUUACAAUUAACAUCCUGUGAGGCUGUAAUUGCAAAUAGUUUUCCAGUAUCAGACACUAACACUGUCUCCUCCCUCCCUCUAUUGUUCGUCAUCAAACGGCAGACAGGCAAUCAGUCAGUCCUGGGAACUUGAGGCUUUCUAUAAAAUGGAAGCUCAACUAUUUCAGAUUAGUUAAAUGUUCUUCCUUGUUUUUUUUCCGUAUUUUUAUAUCUUGUUGUGUAAGUGCAAGAUGUUUUUAAGGAUGUUUGUACAUGUUUUCUUUCCUGUUGUUUUUGUGUUUUGUCCCAUCACUGUAUAAUUUGCUAUUUAAAUACAAAAUAUUAUUCUUGGAUAAAGAAAGGAUAGAUGGAAACACAACAAGGGGAAGUCUGUCCAUUUCAUUCAUUACCUUUGUCUUGGUCAGGUCAGUGGAGUUAACAAUCAAGCUUUGACAGAUGCUGAACAAAACUUAUUUCACCUAGAAACUGGAGCAAUGUGAGAUUGUAAUAGGGUAUCCAUACCACUGUGAAAAGUCAAAAAUGAAAGAGGCCUCAAUACAUCCUGAUCUGAGUUUCCUGCCCAUGAU